GUCUCCGCCAUCGUUUGCUAUCUGAUUUCCCCAUCGCGAACUUUCCCUAGCGAUCAUUCUCGAAUUCGCUCCGUUUUCUCUCCAGUUCAUAGGGAAGAAGAAAAAACAAGGCGAAAUAUGCUGGACUUCAAACCAGAGGAUCAACAGCUCCAAUUAAUUGAGGCCGAAGGCGUGGAUGAUGAAGAGGAUUCCUUCGAAUUGAUAGAUAAGCUAAUCGCACAAGGAAUCAACGCUGGUGACGUGAAGAAGCUCCAGGAUGCCGGCAUCCAUACGGUAAACGGCUUAAUGAUGCAGACGAAGAAGAGUCUGACCAGCAUAAAAGGGCUAUCUGAGGCCAAAGUGGAUAAAAUAUGCGAAGCAGCGGAAAAGCUAGUGAACUGUGGCUACCUAACAGGAAACGAGAUCCUUCUCAAGAGAAGGUCGGUAGUUCGGAUCACUACCGGAAGCCAAGCCCUAGACGAGCUAUUAGGGGGUGGAAUAGAGACCCUCGCGAUAACGGAAGCUUUCGGUGAGUUCAGGUCGGGGAAGACUCAGCUUGCGCAUACGCUUUGUGUGUCUACCCAGCUUCCCCUCAGCAUGCAUGGAGGAAACGGGAAAGUGGCGUAUAUAGACACAGAAGGGACAUUCCGGCCAGAUCGCAUAAUCCCUAUUGCAGAAAGAUUCGGAAUGGAUGCCACGGCCGUUCUUGACAACAUCAUCUAUGCUCGUGCUUACACGUACGAGCACCAAUUCAAUUUGCUCCUUGGCUUGGCUGCCAAAAUGUCGGAAGAGCCAUUCAGACUUCUGAUUGUAGAUUCGGUGAUCGCUCUGUUUCGAGUAGAUUUCACGGGCAGGGGCGAACUUGCAGAGAGACAGCAAAAGCUGGCACAGAUGCUUUCACGCCUGACCAAGAUCGCGGAGGAGUUCAAUGUGGCCGUCUACAUGACCAACCAAGUUAUUGCAGAUCCAGGAGGAGGCGUAUUCAUUUCUGAUCCCAAGAAGCCGGCCGGUGGGCAUGUUUUGGCUCAUGCCUCCACCGUUAGGCUUAUGCUUAGGAAAGGGAAGGGUGAGCAGCGCGUCUGCAAGGUCUUCGAUGCACCAAACUUGCCUGAAGCUGAAGCAGUUUUUCAGAUAACACCAGGAGGCGUUGCAGAUGUAAAGGACUAAGUUCAGGUAGAAACAGUUGCAUUUCUAACAGUGGGUGACAGCUAACCACCAGAUUCCCGGAGAUAGAAAUGAUGAUGUGCAACUUUGUAGUAUUUGUUUUCUGUUUGUUUCCACUUUAGCUAGACAGGAAAUUUGCAUAUGAAAAGAAAAUUACAACAAAACCGGUUCAGCUAGUCGACUCUUUAGUUGGUGUCAGUGGGAUUACUGUAUAUUCUG